GAUAUAUUUAUGAACUUAUGGAUAAGGCAAAAGAGACAAUAAAAUUUAAUUGUGGGGGAGUUGACAGAAAAUACAAACCCAUUUGGAAAAAAAUUGAUUCACGAUGGACUCCACAACUUCAUCAUCCUCUACACGCGGCCGGGUACUAUUUGAAUCCGCAAUUGCGUUAUGAAGAAAGAUUUUCUUAUUGUGAUGAAGUUAGAGAUGGAUUGUAUACUUGCAUGGAUAGGAUGUUGUCUUCUGAUGAUCGUCUUAAAGCAGACAUCCAAUUGGACUUAUAUAAUAAAGCUGAAGGAGAAUUUGGAACUCCAAUAGCAAAACGAACAAGAAUGUUGCGAACUCCGGUCUCGUGGUGGGAACGUUUUGGAAGUAAGACACCCGAGCUUACUACAUUUGCAAUUCGAGUGCUUGGUCUCACUUGUAGUGUUUCGGGAUGUGAAAGAAAUUGGAGCACUUUUGAAUCGAUUCAUACAAAAAAGAGAAAUAGGCUUGAACAUGCAAAGUUGAAUGCGUUGGUGUUUGUGAAAUAUAACUUCAAACUUAGGGAGAGAAGUAUUAGGAGGAGAGACAAGAUUGAUCCCAUUGUAGUUGAUGAAAUUAAUUCAGAUGAUGAAUGGAUAACUGAGAAAGAAGGUCCAGUUCUCCCCGUAACUACUAAAUGGCUUGAAGAUGAUGAAUUAUUUGAAAGUGAUCCUAUUGUGAGUGUGCCAUCUACUACCUUUGAAAGUCUUUUCGACUCAGAUAAGCGAGUCGAAGAUGUUGAGGAUAUAGUUGAAGUUCCUCCUACGAAUUCAAAAAAAAGAGUUGCUGAAAAUUCAAGUGGAAGCAAAGACAAACAAGCAAGGUUGAGUCUUGUUGAUGUGGAAGAUAAUCAUCUUGAUGCUGAAAAUUAUGGAGUAAUUCCAACUUUUGAUAGUGGAAAUUUUCCAACCAUAGACACUAUUGAUGAUGAUAGUGAUAUAGAGUUGGAUGAUACUGAUUAUUUUUAAGUUAUGUUGUUUUAAUUAUAAGACUUUUUAAAUUGUUGGUAUGAGAUAUUUUGACAUGUAAUGAAUUAUUAUGAUUAAUUUUAGGUUAUGUUAUUUUUAUUUUACUUAUAUAAGUAUAUUUUAUUU